CGCAACUAUUCACGUUUGAGCAGAGAGGUGAUGGACUCACACAUGGAUGCGUCAGAGAAUCAGCCGGCCACAUAGAGGUGUGCGUCCAUAUGCACAGAUGGACGUCCAAAUCCAGCUAAUAGACAUUCCCACACCAGUACUCGUGCCAUCCCUCGAGCCAGCCACGCACCUCACCGCACCGCACCUGUCUGUCUGUUUGUCUGUCUGUCCGCACACUAGACGUCCCCGGAUGAGUCCAUCAUGCAGCAGCAGAUAUGAGAUGCACACACCACCAGACAGACACGCAGCCCGCCUUCACGCCCGCCAGACAGUCAGCUCCUUCUGUGGCGUUCCUUGACGCCAGCCAGCCUGCAGGACACACCCCAACACCCACACAAUGCACACAUAGAUCAGGUACCCUCUGCAUCAUCUGGGUGGUUCCCACCCUGUACCUAAGGCGCUUGGCCAUCGAGCACGAUGGCUGCGAUGGGCCCGAGGACGCGACGCACCUUGGCGGCCGUCAGGGGGAAUCGCUGGGCGAAGGGCGCGUUCUGAGGGACACCUGCUGCUGGCGCUUCGAAGGUGGUGAUAAAGAUGUGUACUGCACGCACACAAGAGAGGAGCGAAUAAUCAGACGACAGCAUGAGAAUGUGCGUACCGUCCUGAUUGUUGUUGUCUGGUUGAAUGCUGAAGAAAAUCCAUGCGAUGAAUGGGUCGUCCGACGUCGUCAACACGUGCGACUGCCCACACCGCCCAUUAGCCGCCUCCCAUGUCAUCACGUCCGAGCAUCCGUUGAGGGGCGUGUGCGGCGAUUGGGUCAUGAUGCGGUCGAGGUGGCCGUCACGCACACUCCUGACACACACAUCAAUAACGCACCAUAUGGCCAUUCGCCCUCGCCGUCCAUCCACUCACCGGUCCACCACCACUGCUGGCGCCUAGGUGAAGCCGCCCACAGCCUCCAUCCGGUUAUACAGGAGCAGCCCCUUCAGCUGGGAACUCGCCGAUGCGUAGACAGCCGCGUUUUUGGCGCCAACUGUCACCCACCCCACACCAUCCUGCCACCCAAUGCGGCUGCGGACGGGCGGGUCGUGUGGCUUGGCGUGGUGGGCGAAGGGGUGCUGCGAGAAGGGAUGAACGGGGCGGUUGGGGAGGGGGAGGGGCGGGGUGAGAGUGAUGACGAAGCCGGGCUCGUUGCGGAGGAUGAUCCGGAUCUCGUUGUUGUGGUAGAACAGCUGUAGUCUGCCGUCUUGCUGGCCGUUGGGGCGACGGAGGGCCACACGGCGGCCGACGACCAUCCACUGCGCACAGAAACGGGGCAGUGACAAGAAGUCCUGAAUGAAGACCACACACACACAUCCAGCAGCUCACCCAUUGCCUCUUCUGUGUUUCGUGUUUACCGCCUUGGUGGCGUGUGUCUGCAGGUCUGCAGCACUCACAGUGACGGGCAGCUGGCAAUAGCCGCACUGGUCACCGACUCUGAGUGUGUCGGCCACCUCCCCCCAGCCGCCCUCGCCCCCCUCCUCCACCAGCCACAUGGCCUUCAUCACAUCGCCGUGGCUCAGCUGAUCGUCGAACUGCACCACACCGCCCACCCCCGCACAUUCGAUGGCCUUCGGCAGCCGAAUACGGCGGAUGAUGGGCCGCAGGGCAUUUCUGAUGGGGCGGGCUGUCGACUUGAAGCUGGUGAGGGUGGUGAGGUCAGACAGUUCGGUGAUGUUGCUCAUGGGGCCGGCGGGGAUGUUACUCAGGUGCAACCGUCGCGGCUGAUGACACACAGACAGAAGGACAUGCACACACACGCCGUGCACACCACAUCAGUGUGGGUCUUGUUUUUGUGCCUGCCUGUGGUCACUCUCUUGCUGACCUGUGUGCGGCCGUGUCUUGUGAGUGCGAUGGUCGAGUUGAUGGUGUCUGUCAACUCGGCCAGCAGGUCGGACACAGCAGCAAGUUGACGACUCACCUUAUCCACCAUCUGACGAAUGAAUCAACACGACGAAAGCACCAUGAAACAGAGGGCUUUGUGCUGUGUGGUGUGUUUGGCAGCCUGCCGCACCAGUGGUGUGAUCGAAGCGGCGGUGUCCAUCUGCAGAAGUUGGUCGAUGCAGCUGUUGACCUGCACACACACACACACACACACGCAAGCAGCCGAUGAGCUUUGGAUGCACUGCAUGGAAUGGACGAGUUGGUAUGUGUGUUGGUCAGCUGAUACCUGAGCCUGCUUCAGCCGAUAGCCUUCUACCUGAGGCAGCAGCUGCCCCCCUAUCGCUGCGCCCAUCUGCACCAAACCGAAUGACAAACCACACAGACAGCACAAGUGAUUCACGUCAAUGAUGUAGGGAUUUGCCUGGCCUGCAGCUCCCUCUUCUCACCUGGGUGGCAGCCAU